AUGUAUUGGCUCCUUGUUAUUGUGUUGUUGGCCCUUCAUUCCCAAAUCAAUGCAUAUAAUAUUGCGCCGCAUCCCAAUUUAAGAAUUAAACGUGAACUUAAAUAUGAAGAACAGGAGCGCAGCUCCUAUUUCGGAUUUUCCUUAGUCAUCCGAGGGAAAAGUAUUAUGGUCGCAGCUCCGCGUGCCAAUUCCAGUUUAGAGGCUCAGCGAGGCAUCUUGGAGCCUGGAGUGAUCUUCAGAUGCAGCCUUGAAACCAGUAACUGUUCGUCUUAUGACAUAGAUCCCAAUGGCAACAAGGACGCCGAGCCCAAUGAUGGUCUGCUUGAGGCGAAAGGCAAGGAUUUCCAGUGGAUGGGCGGCGCGAUGGACGGUGGCACCAAGGACUCGGAUAAGUUUGUCGUGUGCGCCCCGCGUUUUUACAGUCCGAAUAAGGGGAUGCUCUAUAUGAAUGGGAUGUGCUAUUUGAUGAUCCACACACCUGAGACUAUCAAUUCUACAAACCGUGAUAGAUUAGUGACAGAAAAAUGGCCACUUAGAAAUGAAAAUAAGCAGAUUAUAAAUGAAGAUUCCUAUUACUACGGUAUGGCUGGACUGGGUCUGAGUGCUCAUCUGUCGGAUGAUAACUCGAAGAUGUUGAUAGGAGCACCGGGAAUCGAUAAGUGGAAGGGAUCAGUGCAUUUAAAGCAGGAAGGGCGCCAUUUUAAAAUUCCAAAUGGAAGACAAAGGCGUGAGAUAAACACUAAACUGAAAUGUAGCGAGUGUAACCCGGAGCCAAAAAUGUGGGGGCAGGAGGAAGACUCAUACUUUGGAUACGCCGUGAGCUCCGGCUUCUUUGAUAGCUCCAACCUGAGCACCCUCCUCUAUGUGGCCACCGCUCCUCAAGGAAAUAACCAUUCUGGCGGCGCCUAUAUCUUUGAUAUCGCUCAGGACAGCAUUAUUAAGCACAAGGAAUUCCGAGGGAAACAUUUUGGCGAAUACUUCGGCUACUCUGUUCUGGCGGAGGAUCUUAAUGGAGACGGGAAAACGGAUCUUAUCAUAUCAGCACCCUUAUAUGCUCUGCGUAAUUCCUACGAUGAUGGGGCCAUUUAUGUGUUCAUCAACCAGGGCGAUUUCAAUUUUAAGGAAACGAUCAUUUAUUCGCCAGCAGAAUGUGGUGGCCGUUUUGGAACUACUCUAUCGCGACUAGGCGAUAUCAAUGAAGACGGUUUCAACGAUGUGGCCGUGGGGGCUCCCUUUGCUGGAAAUGGAUCGGUGUUCAUCUACCUGGGCAGCGAAAAUGGAUUGCGGGAUCAGCCGAGUCAGCGGCUGAACGCUCCCUCCCAGCAAGCCUCCAAGUACGGAUCGCACAUGUUCGGCCACGGGCUGUCCCGCGGCUCCGACAUAGAUGGCAACGGAUUCAACGACUUCGCCAUUGGAGCCCCAAAUGCGGAGGAGGUGUAUCUGUAUCGCGCCUAUCCCGUUGUGAAGAUUAUUGCGACAAUUAAACCCGAAUACAUUAAUCCAGAGCAGGAGAAGGUGAACAUCACCGUCUGCUAUAGACUGAGUACCAAGUCAAAUUCCACAGCAAAAGCGCUACUGGCACAAGAGCUGGACAUUUGGAUUGACAUCGAUACCAAAUCCAAGAUUAGGCGGGCUGUAUUUGAAAAAAAUAACGGCAGCCAGUUGUUUUUUCAAGCAAUGGCAUAUCCCCAAGAGCAAUGCAUGGAAUGGCAAAUUGAAAUGGACAAAAGAGCUAAAUUUCAAAACAUCACCCUGGAGAUGCGGUAUAAGCUGUCGAAAAAUAUUCCUAACAAUGCAGAUUUCUGCAUGGAAUGCGCGGUGGUGGAUCCGGCGGAACCGAAUUUUUUCACGGGGUUCAUUACAUUCAACUCAGGUUGUGCCACCAAGUUUUGUGCCGCUGACUUGAAGCUAAGCAGCAUUAACGAGAGUCGCUCCACGAUGGUCUUGGGUACUGUAGAUGUCCUGCGUCUGACCUACAACAUCACCAACAAUGGAGAGUUCGCCUACCACCCUCAAUUCAACGUGACGAGUUCUGCCAACCUGAGUUUUGCCCAGGUGCCUGGCAACUGCAAGGUCACUGACGCCGUCCUGGUCUGCGACCUUAACCAUGGACAACGUAUGGCCACAGGAGACACCGACUCCCUGACCAUCAGCUUCGAUGUGAGACAACUCAGCGGACAGUUGCUGGAAAUCCAAGCAGAAGUAUUCAGUGCUCGAAACGAUUCUGGUCCCGAGAACAACAUGCUGAAAAACGUGAUAGUUCUGAGGGAAAGAGCCGAAAUCUAUGUCAGCGGUGUUCAGAUGAACGAUCAAAUUGCUCUUAAAGGCGCUCCUUACACAGCUGAGGUUCUCAACAACUACGAGAUCAAGAGCCACGGUCCCAGUACUUUAGAGAACUUGACUGUGUCCCUCAAUAUUCCCGUAGCAUACUUGCAGUCUGGUUCUUCAAAUGUCAUACCUAUCGUUACAUCCAGCCCAAAGAUACAGACCAAGUACGAGUAUAAGCUUCUGCCUAUCGAACUCUACGAUCAAAAUGGUGCACUGACCACGAACUUUGCCAAUUACCUUGAGCAACGUAAGCUGCUCCUUUCCACUGCCCCACAAAAUGAUAGUGCCGAGUAUCUCAGUGGAAACGCGGAUCAGAAUUCGAGCAUAUCGCUGUUGAACGAGGAUCUGCCAGUCACUAACACCCUUGUGCUAAACUGCAGGGAUACCAACGUGACGAUAUGCGUCCAGGUGGAAAUGCGACUGGAAAAAGGGGUACAGCUUAAGCCGGAAGAGCUAAUGAACCUGAAUGUAAGCUUUACCGUGGAUCUCAAGGACGCAGAGGAUAUCUGGGAGUACUUCGUCAUUCAGACCGACAUAAAAGUGCUCAAGAUAGGCGAUCCCACUCUGAGUUCUUUUACAAUACAGAAGAAGAUCGAGUCGAACGUUAUAUGCAAAUAUGCUGAACUGGCCAUUUGGAAAAUCAUUGUGUCCGUGAUCGUUGGCAUUUUGGUGCUUUUGGCCACCACAUAUGCCCUUUAUAAGCGCGGAUUCUUUAAGCGAACCAUUAAAUACGAACUAUCGCAGAUAAUCCGAGAUAGUUUUGAGGACGGUAUUAUAAGGCCAAGCGCAGACGAGAGUCAUAGGGAGGAUUGGAAUAGGGAAUUUGAUGAAAAUUCAGAUACGUAUACGAAUGCGUCCGGUUAUUGA